AUGGACUUCUACUACCAGCAGGCAGGGCCGCCGGCGAGGAGGCCGUGGGCCAAGGAGGAGGACAAGGCGUUCGAGGCCGCGCUGGUGAUGCUCCCGGACCACGCGCCCGACCGGUGGGAGCGCGUCGCGGCGCGGCUCCCGGGGCGCACCCCACAGGAGGCCUGGGAGCACUACCAGGCGCUCGUCGCCGACGUCGACCUCAUCGAGCGCGGCGCGGUGGACACGCCCGACUGCUGGGACGACGACGACGACGGCCGCGCUACCGUGGCCAGCCGCGGCCGCCCCGCCGGCAAGCCCCGCGGCGAGGAGCGCCGGCGCGGCAUACCCUGGUCCGAGGAAGAGCACAAGCUGUUCCUUGACGGGCUGGAGAAGUACGGGCGUGGGGACUGGAGGAACAUCUCGCGGUUCGCGGUGCGGAGCCGGACGCCGACGCAGGUGGCCAGCCACGCGCAGAAGUACUUCAUCCGCCAGGCCAACGCCGCCACGCGCGACUCCAAGCGCAAGAGCAUCCACGACAUCACCACCCCUUGA